AUGGCCACAGCCUUGGCCCUUCAGACUUCAGAGAGGCAGGAAGGACUUCUGGCAGUAAAGGUAGAAGAGGAGGGCGGUUAUGCCUCUGGGCAGGAAUCCGGCCUGUCGAGAGAGAACCCUCAUACCAGAGAGCUCUUUCGUAGACGCUUCCGGCAGUUCUGCUACCAGGAGACUCCUGGGCCCCGCGAGGCGCUGAGCCGGCUCCGGGAGCUGUGCCGUCAGUGGCUGCGGCCAGAGACGCACAGCAAGGAGCAGAUCGUGGAGCUGCUGGUGCUGGAGCAGUUCCUGACCAUCCUGCCUGAGGAGCUGCAGGCCUGGGUGCAGGAGCAGCACCCGGAGAGCGGGGAGCAGGCGGUGACUGCGCUGGAGGACCUGGAGAGCGAACUGGACGAGCCGGGAGAGCAGGUCCCAACCUACGCUUGUGAACAGGGAGAGUUUGCGAAGGAGGAGGCAACUCGGGAAGCAGCCCAGGAGCUGUCAGGUGGCCAGCUCCAGCCCUUGGAAGAGCUGCAUCCCGGCAAUUCGCGAGAGCUGUGCCCGGUUCAGGAGAUCGGUGAUGAGGCUGGGACUUGGAAUGUGGAGUUAGCCCCAAAGAGGGAGCUUUCUAAAGAAAUGAGAUCUCUUGUGGAAGUACCUCAAAAACUGAAUGGUGAUACUGCUCGGAUGCCUGAAUGUGCAGACACCUGUGACCAUGAGGGCAGAUUGGAAAGGCAGCGGGCAAGCUCUUCUGUGGAGAGACCGUAUAUCUGUGGUGAAUGUGGGAAGAGCUUCACCCAGAAUUCCAUCCUUAUCGAGCACCAGCGAACCCACACAGGGGAGAAGCCCUACGAGUGCGAUGAGUGUGGGCGGGCCUUCAGCCAGCGGUCAGGCCUGUUCCAGCACCAGAGACUCCACACCGGGGAGAAGCGCUACCAGUGCAGCAUCUGCGGCAAGGCCUUCAGUCAGAAUGCCGGGCUCUUCCAUCACCUCAGGAUCCACACGGGGGAGAAGCCCUUCCAGUGCGGUCAGUGCAGUAAGAGCUUUAGUCGACGUUCUGUCCUCAUUAAGCAUCAGAGAAUUCAUACCGGGGAGAGGCCUUACGAAUGUGAGGAAUGCGGCAAGAACUUCAUUUACCACUGCAACCUCAUUCAGCAUCGGAAGAUCCACCCCGUGCUGGGUCCAGCCGGCCCCUUGGAACAGCUUCUCAAAAUUCUAAAUUUUCUUAACAACUGAUGAAAUACCAAGAAACAAAAGAUGUUAUAUAUGCUGUAGAGACGUAUACCACUUAGAAUGCAGUGAUGGUUAACAUGAUUAAAUGACUUACGGUUCACCAAACUA